CGUCGGUACCUUGGGUAACACCAUGAGAUUGUGUUGUAGGAUCAUGAUCCCGGUGAUGGUGUGAUACAUAGUGCUGGUGCCCAGAAGCGUCCAACGGUGGCAAUAGCAGUGCGACGAUAGCGGUGAUGAAUGAUAUGAUUGUGAUGAUAUUAAUGGUGAUCUUAUGAUAGUUAAAAGUAAUAAGGGUAACUGAUAAAUUCAUUAAUGGAGGAACUGUAUGCAAUUUUUCUGACAAGGACAUGGCGGCCGCCACAACCCGCUGCAUGGUCGAAACGUGUCGACCACCGCCACCAGCGUGUCCACCUCUCGCCACGUGUGGCAUUGGCCGCCCUCUCAUGCAGCGUGGCCGCGUGUCCCGUGUUGCCGCCCUUCUCUUCCUGUUGGAGUACACGGCUGUUCCCUUACGCCUUUCGUGUUACACCCACCCAACCCAAGGAGGCAGAGUGAGAUGGAGAGGACAUCUUCCAUCGAGUUAGAGCCUCGAACCCUCACGUACGCUGAGCUCCAGAAUGCGAGGGAGGCAGCAAUGUUGAUACUGAGCAGCAAGUCGUUAGAAGAAGCCAUUAAGAUCUUCACAGAGGGUGUAAAACCAGUGCCGUGCAUAAAAGACAAAACUUACAUCAAUCGCAUGGAUAACGAUGACGAGGAGGAAGAAGAGGACGACGACGAGAUGAUGGAUUACCUUGGAAUGGAGCAAACGUAUCGGCCAUCGUUUUAGCCGUUCGUUGCUUCUUUUGUUGCCCGUAUUGACGGCAUGAGUUGCUAAAAGAUUUUCGAGAGGAAGAGGGGGAAAUGUUUGUGAGGGAGAUCGAAGGACGUGAUCCGAGUACUUGUCAGUUCGCUUGUACAGAAAAGAUACAACUUAUACAGCAUAUUUGAUGUGCCAUCGGCAUUUGUUAUAUUGUGUGUAGGUUCUCUGUAUCCUCUAUAACCUACGAAAGCUCCGAUAAGGGGACAGAUGUGUUGCGAUGAAGUGGGCAAAGGAUAACCUGUCAAGGCUAUGACGAGGGGGCAGAGGUGUUGUGAUGAAGUGACAUGAAUUGCGAUGUCGAGAAGACGGAGGGAGGGAGAAAGGAGUGUGUGAUAGAAAGAAAAAAAGAAAUAGAUGGUGAUGAAUUAUCUUCGUUGUUCAUUGUUCGUCGUCAGAGAAAUUAUUUUUUCUCGAAAGAGUAUGAUGGAGAAAUCAUUUUUUCUUGAUGGAGU